AUGAAUUCUUCUGCAGAUCACCUGAUGGUGAAUGGUCCUACAUGGUCCUUACAAACCCAAUCUGCCUCAAUGGCUAAAAGUGAGGAAGAAUACAAGCUGCCAAAUCUUACUUCUGCCAAAGUUAAGGGAACCAUUGAUGCAAGUACAUCACAAGCUGCCACUCAAAUGGGCAUGAGCUUUGUCCAAGCGCCUUCACCUGGUAAUAGUCACAAUGAAAUUGCUAAGCUUAUUCAUAAGUUAUUGCAACCGCAGCAUCCUGAACAUCCUAAAUGGAUUCCUCAGUCAAUGGAUUACAUGAAUAAGGCUUUAACUUGCCAAAUGUGCCAGCUUAACAUCAAUGAGGUGUAUAAUCAUGUACUUCUCUGUGAUGCUUGUGAGAAAAGAAAUCACUUUAAGUGUUUGCAGCCGAAUCAAAAUGGAAUACCCAGAGACACCAAUCAUGUUGAUUCAGUAUCUGAUAUAAAGAUUCCAGAUGCAAGAGAAAACCAAGGAAAUAACAGUGCAUCAAGCAUAAAAAAUGUGGGUGAAAAACCUUUUGCUGGAGUGUCCAUAAAUGUCACUUUGAAACCUCUUUCUGUUGGCUCAUCAAGUGUAAAUUCCAUUCAACAUGUUCAAGAUUGUGAAUUAUCAACACGUGAAGAGAUAUCAUUUGAAGAAAAAAUAGAUCCUCCUGCUAAAGUAUCUGCAAAGGUUGGUAAUAAUUCUUAUCACUCCCUGCCCUCACACAACUCACAUGUUGAUUGGAGAGACCUGUUGAACUAUGCUGAGGUUCCAUUAAAAAAUCAUCCAGACAACGACCUUAUUGUCAAAGAACCACAAAAAGCUCAUGUAAGAGAAAAUAUUGACCAUACUUCAGGAUAUGAUGCUAAACAAGAUGACCAACUUGUAUCACAGGCAAAUCCUUCUAGAGGUUUCCAAACUCUUAUGGGGGCUAUUGAACAUUCUGGGUCUCCUUCAGAUGGUUUGUGUGGUGUAGAAUGGAUUGAUAAUGUUGUGUAA